UCAAUUAAACCGUUCUGUUCUCAUGGUAAAGAUGAUUCGUCGAUGUUUAGCAACACGCAAGGUGUUAUACCUCUCACUCUUUCAUCUAAAAGUGAGAAAGGAGACACAUCGAUAUCAAGGGUAAUUAUCUCACUCCCAACGGAGAUCAAGACGAUCACGUCAACAUACAAGACGACGAUGGAUACGAUGGAGACUGCUCUCACUUCACUCAUUGAACCACAGAGCCCAGAUAAUAUUGUUCAGUUGGACCAAAGUGAAAGCAAACUCAACAUGCCUGGUAAAACUUGGCCCCAAUCAGGAAAAGAGACACAUGUUCUCGGUUUUCCACCACCAGUAGUUAAUGUGGAAGCCUUAUCCCAGCGGGCUGAGAAUGGGUACCGUGGAUUGAAUGGGGAUAAUAGAAUCACAUACGAUACCAAUGAACCACGAGAUGACAUCGAUGGACCGACAUCAGAACGAGCAGUAUGGGGAAAGAAAGCAGACUUUCUACUCUCCGUCAUCGGUUUCACAGUCGACCUCGGAAACAUUUGGAGAUUUCCUUAUAUUUGUUACAAAAAUGGUGGAGGUGCUUUCUUAGUGCCAUACGCGUUGAUGGCUGUCUUUGGUGGAGUACCAUUCUUGUAUAUGGAGAUGGCUCUAGGGCAGUACCAAAGAACAGGAUGCAUUACAGUCUGGCGGAGAAUAUGCCCUAUCAUGGGAGGUAUCGGCUAUGCAAUCUGCAUCAUUAACUGCUAUGUGGGGUUCUUCUAUUCGACCAUCACUGCAUGGUCUGUCUAUUACCUCAUUGCGUCAUUCGCUACAACACUCCCAUGGACGAGCUGUGAUAAUGAUUGGAACACUGAGUUUUGUGCCAGUCCGUUUGCAGAGAAUUUCAGUAACACAAGCGUGACCCCUGCCACUGAGUUCUUUGAACGUAAAGUUAUUGGAUCUCAUCUCUCAACUGGUAUCGGUGAUCUUGGAGGAUUAAAGUGGGAGCUCGCUCUUUGUCUCCUCCUUCUAUUUGUCAUUGUUUACUUCAGUAUUUGGAAAGGCAUCAAGGCUUCAGGAAAGGUGGUUUGGGUGACAGCUACUCUACCAUAUUUCUGUCUCAUCGUUCUUCUCAUUCGAGGAGUGACACUAGAGGGCGCUUCAUCAGGCAUCAUCUACUAUCUCAAACCUAAAUGGCAUCUUCUACGAAAUGCUGGGGUAUGGGUUGAUGCAGCUGUCCAAGUGUUUUUCUCGCUUGGUCCGGGCUUCGGUGUUAUUCUUGCUUUCUCUAGUUAUAAUAAACUCCAUAACAACUGUUUCAAGGAUGCGCUGAUUACGAGUGGUAUCAACUGCUUUACCAGCUUCUUAGCUGGCUUCGCCAUAUUUUCUGUGCUGGGUUUCAUGUCUGUCCAACAGGGGCGAGAUAUUGAAGAAGUAACACCUGAUGGACCUGGGCUCAUCUACAUCGCUAUCCCUGAAGCUAUCAGUCAGUUACCAGGCUCAACCUGGUGGGCUGUCAUCUUCUUUGUUAUGAUCAUCUCACUAGGUCUAGAUAGCACUUUCGGUGGAUUGGAAUCGAUCAUUACAGCUUGGUGUGAUCGCAAUCCGAAGACGAUCGGUAAACAUCGGGAAAUUUUCGUUGCUUGCGUUGUGUGUUUUAUCUUCCUCGGCUCACUUACGACGGUUACUUACGGCGGUCAAUAUGUAUUUCAGUUAUUAGAGAGCUACGGCGCCUCAACCACUCUCCUCCUCGUCGUCGUUCUCGAAGCUAUUUCAAUCACAUGGUUCUACGGACUACAAAACUUUACUAGCGACAUUCGUACGAUGAUAGGCCGAACACCCAGCGUGUACUGGCAGCUAUGCUGGAGUAUUCUAAGUCCAGCCAUGCUACUCUUCGUAGUGGUGUUUGGCCUAUUCAUGCAUCGCCCUAUGGUAGGAUUCCAAGGGGAACCCUAUCCACAGUGGUCUAUUGGUGUAGGAUGGUGUCUCACUAUGUCUACUAUUGUCUGUGUUCCUGCAUUUGCUCUCUACAAGCUUCUCAUUACACCAGGAUCCCUUAAGGAGAGAUUUGUAGCUAUAACUUCUCCCCAGGAACAUCCCGAUCAUAAGACAUCGUAUGACAGCUCAUCAGUCGAUAGUGUGUGAUGAAUCUCUUUUCUUCCGUCAUGGACAAACAGCAUUGGACAUCUAACUCUGUUCCUGUUGUCCCAGUUGGCUGUUAUGCUCCCCAGGGAGUGGAGAUUGUGCACAUAGUGUGUGUGUGUGGGCAAGCACUGAAUCCAAUGACCGGGGUAAUGAUAAUCUGCAAAGCGCUCAGAGACAUCUCAAGCGCGA